AACAUCUAUAGAGCCCUCCAUAUACCUUUCAUCUGGAGCCUCUCAUGGGAGCAAGGAACCAGGAAGCUGAGAACAGAAAGGAGAUCUAGGCAAGAGGACAUUCUACUGUGUAGAAGGAGACUGCUCCUUUGUCCCUCUAGGCUCUGGUGUGGGUGAAGGUGACAACUGAGCUGAAGAAAUGAUCCGCAGAGGAAUAGGAUUGUGGCUCCCUUCAGUUCUGCUCCUCUCUCGGGUCCCAGGCUGUGUCCCUCUGCGUGGCCCCAGCAGUGUGACAGGCACUGAGGGGGAGUCCCUGAGCGUGACUUGUCCAUAUGAGGAGAGAUUCAAGUCGACCAUCAAAUACUGGUGCAGAGGGUCACUUAUUCUACUUUGCGAAGAUAUUGUCAUGACCAGAGGCUCAGAAGAAGCUAGGAAUGGCCGAGUGUCCAUCAGGGAUGAUCCAGACAACCUGACCUUCACAGUGACCUUGCAGAGCCUCACCCUGGAGGAUACAGGCACCUACAUGUGUGGGGUGGGAACACCAUUUCCCUAUCACCCCUUUGGGAAUAAAAUGUCAUUCAGGGUUGAGGUGUCUGUGGUCCCAGGUUCAAGUCCUGGGAGCAGUAUAAAAAUCCUGGAGCCCACCAGAUCCACAGCCAGUUACAUUCAGCCCAGCGUGACCACAAAUGAAACAAUUCCUGCUCCCAGCCCACAGACUCGGUCCCUUCUGAGCAGCCUCUACUUCUGGGUUCUGGUGUUUCUGGAGUUGCCCCUGUUCCUGUGCAUGAUUAGUGCCGUCCUGUGGGUGAACAGGCCUUAGAGGUGCUCUGGGAGGCACGGCAUUUGGCCCUGUCAUGGAUACCAGUGAAGACUGUUGACGUGGAGGCUCUGUCCUGGACACAUCACCUAUAUUCGCUGAGGAGAACAAGUAAACCUGUGUCCUUGAGAAUGCUCUGAGAUUGUUAGAAGAUUCUUUGCGCUCUAUCAAACACAUAGAAGAAUGUGCCCAAUAAAUACCCGCUGGAGAAUUGGCUCAGUGGUUAAGAGCAGCAGCUGCUCUUCCAGAGGCCCUGAUUUCAAAUCCCAGUCACCACACUGGUGGCUCACAACCUCCUGCAAUAGGAUCCGAUUCCCUCCUCUGCUAUACAGGUGCACAUGCAGAUAGUAUACUCAUAUAUUAAAUAAAUUUAUUAAAAUUAAUUGCAUAGAAUUAUAACACA